GCGCGUCCCUGGCCAAGUUUUCGCCAGCCUCAGCUUGGGCCAUUGAAUGUAAACCGAGAAUCAUAUGUUCUUGUUGUAGGAAGGGCUUCAAAACUGUGGUCAUACCUGACCAACCUGAAAAAGUCGCUUAUCCAUGACUCCUACGCUUGUUAUUCAAAGUUGAAACAAAGAUGGCUGAGAAGCUGGAUUUCGUGACUGAAUUAGCCGAACUUAACCUUUACAUAGUGAUUGAAAACAUCAUUCAGCAUGCGGGCUAUGAUGCCACGAUGAACAUGUUGUGUGUCUCAAAGACUUGGAACUCUAUCCUGUUGGAUAUUGGGCUCUGGAGACGACUACUAGAUCGGAGGAUGAUCAAUGAUGGCCAAUUCCGCAGAUUAUGCUCUCUGAAUGGGUGGCUAGAUAUUGUCCAAGAAGACAAUGUAGAAACCAAGACACUUGCCUACAUAUUUUUUGCCUCUACGGACCUAAAGGAGAUGCUGAAAUGUUCUAAACCAGAGAAUGUGCAGCAGAUCAAAACUUACGACUUCAUCAAUACCUUGUUGCUUCAUGGCAAAUAUCUCAUCUGUGGUAUGAUCAACGGGCGAAUCAAAGUCUGGUAUCUCAGCGAUGACACCCACGCAGUGGAAUCCACCAGUCCCAAACUUUUAGAAGGUCACACCAAGAGCGUCUUUGCUAUGAGUGCCCGAGACCACUUCCUGAUAUCAGCCAGUGGAGGACAAGACAAAACGAUCCGCAUUUGGGAUCUCGAGUCUUCUACCCAGAUACAUUCGGUUUUAUACGAGAAUGCCUUGAACUGUCAGAAAAUGGAGUUGACCAAAGAUCGCCUGGUUUUGUGGUACAUGUCCGAAGCGGUCAUCAAUCGCGCUUUCAGAGCCAGGGGCGAGUUAGUCAUGUGGAACGUGCCCAGUGUUUGGCAAGAUAUGACCUUAGACGAUAAUAUGCCAUUCAACGGUAAUGCCAGGCACGAGAGGGUCAAAAUCGGGGACGUUUCCGAAUUGUAUUCAGCCGUUGCCUACCCGACUUACGUAACUAUAUUUGAAAACACCACUCAUAACUUCAUGAAAGUCAGAGAGAUGCAUUUGGAGGAAGACCAUUGGGUCUACUUGAUGAAGGUCUCCAGGAACACACUUCUCACCGUGUACAGAAAGGGAGAGGAAAACGUCCAUGGGCUUUUGGACGAUAUCAUCCAGGUUUUCGAUAUCAAGGCCAAUCAAAAGGUGUACAACCUUCACUGGAAGUGGACCCUCUUCUCGCCCUUAAAAUCUGCGUUCAUGACGCCGUUUGGAAUCGUAGCCACCAACACAAGUGAACGAGCCUUCUUUUGGCACUGGGAAGACUUGCCCGAAAACUUCGAGAAGACCAGAAGUAUCGUGGACGUGGCACCAUCGAGACAAUCCAAUUUUGUCAUGCAAUGGCGACAUCGAAUCAAUGCCGCCAUGAAUGUCAGAGGAGUGGCUUUAGUGAACGAACAAAGGAGCCACAUUUAUCUACUGCAGCAUUGAGGUGUGAUCCGGCCGUUAAAGCGGACUCACCUUACGGUCAAACUUUGCUCACGAUAGGCCCUCACAUUAUGCUCUUUCUUGUUUAAACUUGUUUGAACAUUUCUUUCUUAAGCUCUGUUCAGUGUGUCAUUCUUUGAAUGAAGACGACACAAAAAGGCCCUUGGCCAUGCAUGCUAAAGCCCCAAAUUUUCUUUACGCAUCGUUUUUUUUCUCAUGGCUUCGACAUUUCCCCUUGAAGGUUGUGAUGUUAGAUCUGUCACAGAUUCUGUACCCUUAAUAGAAGUUGAGAAGAAAGUUAUUCUGCCAAACCUUCCAUAAAAGUCACCUUUUUAUAAUAUGGCCUUGGAUAUAUUGGUUGAGCUUUAUCAGCGCGGUUUGUUGGACAUAAUUGAGUCUUUGGUCUGUUUUGUUGGUUAUGAAGGGGUUUGUGAAAUGCUUAAGGUUUCGCCAAAUUGGCGGCAUAUCCUUCAUAGUUUAGGUUCUUGGCCCCGAUUUGUAGAUGUGCUCCUGAAAGAGAAUGCUCACCUCAAACAUUUAUGUCAAUUGAAUGGUUGGGAUCGAUACGCCCCUUCAUUGAGUCAAAGAGAUGAUGAUGAAUCCACCAAAGAAUGCGAGUUUAUCUUCCAAGGAUUGACUGACUUGGCGCAAAAGAUCAGAUCUUACAAUGAUUUUCUGUCGAGCUGCGAUAGCUCAACAAAGGCCAAUGAUCUUCGAGAGAGGUACUUCACAGGGGGGAUAGCGUCUUCCAUGAUUGUUCAUAAUGAUUUGACAAUUUGUGGGAUGAUCAAUGGACAGAUCAAGAUUUGGGACAUCCUCUCUUCCGAUCCAGUAGUAAGAAGUAAGCCGAUGAAGGUCAUCUGUGCUCAUAACGAUUCCGUGGUGUGUAUGGAUGGGCACAAGGAUGUUUUGGCUAGUGCUGCAAGAGAUUGUCGUUUUCGUUUGUGGGAUUUGGACACCGGAUCACCUUUAAGGGACAUCAAAUGUUUAGAUAGACUUGUGAAUCAAAUCUCACUGAAUCAAAAGCAUGUUCUCUGCUUGUAUUGGUUCGAGCUAGAUUACAUGCUCUUGUCACAGAUGGACACCAAAGUGGUAUUAUGGACCGUGGCCACUUGGGACAAGAUCGAUAAGACGGACGAGUAUCUCAUGGCAGAAAGUGAAACAACCGCAAUCCAAAUGUGCUACUUAAGGGAUGAGCGAGUUGUGUUUACGGAUGAUCAGCAACAUGUGAGUGUCCUGGAUGUAAUCGAAGACAAGAUCCAAAAGACGAUGGUGCUGGAUAUGGGGUCCAAAGACAUUGUGGCCAUGAAAUUUUUCCAUAAUAUUCUGUGUUAUAGAAGCUUAGACAAAGGGAUCAAAUGUUACGAUAUGCUAAAUCGGCAACAUCUUCCGGGCAAAGUUGAAGACAAUUUCAUCUACUCAGCUUGGGAGUUGAAUUCCUUUGGUCUGGUCAUUCAAACGCCCACCAAAGUGACGGUGUAUCUGUGGCAGGAUCUGUUUUUUGGCGAUGAAACAAACAAACCCGGAUCAUUGAUGUUAUUCCAAGAACAAGGAAGUCGAAGAAAACUUGUUUCAAUCAUUGCCCUUACGCCUUUACACAUCAUCUCUUUAGCAGAAGAGGCCCAAUUCUUUGUCACCUACGAUUGGCCCAAUUUCAGUCCGAUCACCUUGGAACGAACGAUUGAUGACGAGGAACUUAGUUUAUGUUAAAGUGGAUAUGUCGAAAGUCAGUUACAGAUGAUGACGACAGCUAUUGAGCAUUCCAAAUUCGAGUAGUCCGAGUUGUUCCCAAUAUCGUUUUUGCACCAUGCAUUUGUAAUCAAUUUCAUGGAGUGCUAAAUAAAUCAAAAUUUCUUAGUUGAAAGCUUGACAUUCAUGU